AUGGUUCUAGGAACCCGACUUUCUGUAGAGGUGCCACAGUGUGAUUCAGUAGCUAUCACGGACCAGAAAAGCUUUAUUAGCAGGGUAAAAAAGCAAGAGAACAUCAACUACCGGACAAAGACAUCAACUACCGGACAAAGACAUCAACUACCGGACAACAACAUCAACUACCGGACAGAGACAUCAACUACCGGACAAAGACAUCAACUACCGGACAAAGACAUCAACCACCGGACAAAGACAUCAACCACCGGACAAAGACAUCAAUCACCGGACAAAGACAUCAACUACCGGACAAAGACAUCAACUACCGGACAAAGACAUCAACCACCGGACAAAGACAUCAACCACCGGACAAAGACAUCAAUCACCGGACAAAGACAUCAACUACCGGACAAAGACAUCAACCACCGGACAAAGACAUCAACUACCGGACAAAGACAUCAACUACCGGACAAAGACAUCAACUACCGGACAACGACAUCACCCACCGGACAAAGACAUCAACUACCGGACAAAGACAAACCACCGGACAAAGACAUCAACCACCGGACAAAGACAUCAACCACCGGACAACGACAUCAACCACCGGACAACGACAUCAACCACCGGACAACGACAUCAACCACCGGACAGAGACAUCAACCACCGGACAGAGACAUCAACCACCGGACAAAGACAUCAACCACCGGACAAAGAAAUCAACUACCGGACAAAGACAUCAACUACCGGACAAAGACAUCAACUACCGGACAAAGACAUCAACCACCGGACAAAGACAUCAACCACUGGACAAAGACAUCAACUACCGGACAAAGACAUCAACCACCGGACAAAGACAUCAACCACCGGACAAAGACAUCAACCACCGGACAAAGACAUCAACUACCGGACAAAGAAAUCAACUACCGGACAAAGACAUCAACUACCGGACAAAGACAUCAACCACCGGACAAAGACAUCAAUCACCGGACAAAGACAUCAACCACCGGACAAAGACAUCAACUACCGGACAAAGACAUCAACUACCGGACAAAGACAUCAACCACCGGACAAAGACAUAAACCACUGGACAAAGAAAUCAACUACCGGACAAAGACAUCAACCACCGGACAAAGAAAUCAACCACCGGACAAAGACAUCAACCACCGGACAAAGAAAUCAACUACCGGACAAAGACAUCAACUACCGGACAAAGACAUCAACUACCGGACAAAGAAAUCAACUACCGGACAGAGACAUCAACCACCGGACAAAGACAUCAACCACCGGACAAAGACAUCAACCACCGGACAAAGAAAUCAACCACCGGACAAAGACAUCAACCACCGGACAAAGAAAUCAACCACCGGACAAAGACAUCAACCACCGGACAAAGACAUCAACCACCGGACAAAGAAAUCAACCACCGGACAAAGACAUCAACCACCGGACAAAGAAAUCAACCACCGGACAAAGACCUCAACCACCGGACAAAGACAUCAACUACCGGACAAAGACAUCAACCACCGGACAAAGACAUCAACCACCGGACAUAGACAUCAACUACCGGACAAAGAAAUCAACUACCGGACAAAGACAUCAACCACCGGACAAAGACAUCAACCACCGGACAAAGACAUCAACCACCGGACAAAGACAUCAAUCACCGGACAGAGACAUCAACCACAGGACAAAGAAAUCAACUACCGGACAAAGACAUCAACUACCGGACAAAGACAUCAACCACGUGUAGUUGAUGAAUGA